UCGGGGUCCAUCUUUAGUUAAAAUUCUCCAACAAAGAAUCGUUAAACAUGUCAGGAAGAGGCAAGACCGGUGGAAAAGCUAGGGCAAAGGCCAAGACCCGCUCAUCCCGUGCCGGGCUCCAGUUUCCUGUCGGCAGAGUGCACCGACUUCUACGUAAAGGCAACUACGCUCAUCGCGUCGGCGCUGGAGCUCCCGUCUACCUGGCGGCGGUGCUCGAGUAUUUGACCGCUGAGAUCCUGGAGUUGGCUGGAAACGCUGCCCGCGACAACAAGAAGACCCGAAUCAUCCCCCGCCAUCUACAGCUGGCCGUCCGCAACGACGAGGAGCUCAACAAACUCCUGGGCGGAGUGACCAUCGCUCAGGGCGGUGUGCUGCCCAACAUCCAGGCGGUUCUUCUGCCCAAGAAGACUGAAAAGCCCGCCAAGAAGUAAAUCCGGAAACUGAUAAAAAACAAAGGCUCUUUUAAGAGCCAUCCACAUCCUUUAAAGGGACUCCUUCAACACAUUCUGUUAUACUAUAAUUGCUGUACUGGAGUUCAAAUAACUAUUUCCGUGACUUCAUGGUCCAUCCGUUUUAAAUAGUUAUUAAAAAAAUCAUUGCCGUCCCAUUAAAGGCAUACAUUAUAAAAAAAAAACUACACAGGAAACGCAUGCAGCUGUAACUAUAUGUAUGGAUUGUAGCCUAAUAUGUAGGCCUACCUCUCCUGGAGCCGUCACCUUAUCGUGUUGGGAGGGAUUUGCGUGAACCGGAGGGCUGUGUUGUCUAUAGCGUUGUGCUCCUGGUAGGGUCUCA